AUGCCGCUGAGCGUGAGCGGGUACAGCUGGCAGCAGACGCCGGCCACCGUCUCGCUGUCCGUGCCCCUCCGCGGCGUCUGCGUCAGGGACGCCGACGUGUUCUGCACCGAGGACUACCUGAAGGUCAACUUUCCUCCCUUCUUGUUUGAGGUGUUUCUCUAUGCCCCCAUCGACGAGGAGCGCAGCGAAGCCAAGAUCGGGAAUGACACCAUCAUGUUUACCUUGUGCAAAAAGGAAGCUGCCAUGUGGGACACCCUUUCUGCCUCCGGGGUUGACAAGGAGAUGAUGCAAAGAAUAAGGGAAAAAUCUAUUUUACAAGCCCAAGAAAGAGCAAAAGACGCGACAGAAGCAAAGGCUACAGCAAAGCGGGAAGAUCAAAAAUACGCACUAAGUGUCAUGAUGAGGAUUGAAGAAGAAGAGAGGAAAAGAAUAGAAGAUAUGAAAGAAAAUGAGCGGGUGAAAGCAACCAAAGAACUGGAAGCUUGGAAAGAAUGUCAAAAGAAAGCUGAAAAACCAAAAAGAAUUUCAAGAGAAGUGAAACUGUGCCAACCAGAAAAGGAAAUUGAAGAUGAGAGAAAAAAAAUAAAACAUAAAUGUUUUACUAAAAACUCAGCAUCUAGAAAUCUUGCCACAAAAGGGAGAAAUUCAGAAAAUAUAUUUUUGGGGAAGUUAAAGGAAGACAGCAUUCCUGCUCCUCGAGCUGCCGGCAGUAUUAAAAUCAACUUCACCCCACGAGUGUUCCCCACUGCUCUUCGAGAAUCACACGUAGCGGAAGAGGAGGAGUGGCUACACAAACAAGCAGAGGCUAGAAGAGCCAUCAAUACUGAUAUUCCUGAAUUCUGUGAUUUAAAAGAAGAAGAAAAGAACCCCGAAUGGUUGAAGGAGAAAGGAAACAAAUUGUUUGCAACAGAAAACUAUUUGGCAGCUAUUAAUGCAUACAACUUAGCCAUAAGACUAAAUAACAAGACUCCACUGUUGUAUUUGAAUCGUGCUGCUUGUCACUUGAAACUGAAAAACUUACACAAGGCCAUUGAGGACUCUUCUAAGGCACUAGAAUUACUCAUGCCACCUGUUGCGGACAAUGCUAAUGCAAGGAUGAAGGCCCACGUGCGCCGGGGAACAGCGUUCUGUCAGCUGGAACUGUACAUUGAAGGCCUACAGGAUUAUGAAGCUGCACUUAAGAUUGAUCCAUCCAACAAAAUUGUACAAAAAGAUGCUGAGAACAUUCGGAAUAUAAUUCAAGGAACAGAACUAAAGUCUUACUGACUACUAGAAGGAGCUCUGUAUGUACUAGGUAUUUUCAGUUUUUCAAAAUUAACUGAGAGUACUGGAAUAUGUAUCUGUUUCAUGAAUAGUGACUAUGCAAAAUAAUUUUCUUGUUGCUGUUCUAGUUCUCUAGAGGGAAACUAUUAUAAAUCUCUACAAAAUUAAACGCUUUAGUUGAAUGAUUUCUAAAUAAUCAAAAUAAGAAUAAUCUUGUUCAGUUCUUUGUUUCAUAUUAACAUAUUCAUAUAUUAUUUGUUGUUUAACCACAUUGUCCUUAUAAUCAACCAAAUGUUUGUUGGUAUGAUAAAUACUAGGAUACUUACUGAUUCUUUUUUGAACAAAGUAGAAUUUUAA